CGAUGUGUGUGAGGAAUAAAGCGUGUAACAGCGAGCAGGGUUACAAAUAAUGAACGCCGGCGUAUUCGCAGAACAAUGUAUAGCUGGACCCCUGCGUAACACACGUACGUUCCCUAAUACGUCUCCUUCCAACACAGGCGUGAACGUGUACGAGUUCGGACCGGGAGAACUACAAUUCCCACAGUUCCAGUCAGGUUUUAACUUUCAGAGUUCAAAGUUGAAUCCCGUAACUCUUGCAACUGAGUAGUAAAAUAGGGGUGCCGUUCGGCCUUCGUGGAUGGUAAACGCCCGGAGUCGAAAAAUACUCUCACGCGACUGUCAUCGCGUUAAAUUAAGAGCGAACGGAGGAAAAAUGGUCGAAGAACAAUAACAGCGGAGGAGGCGGUCGUCGUGUAGCGGGUGUUUGAAACAGAGCAGCGGUUUAGCCGCGUUGCUAGGCUAGUAGUAGCUCGCGACAGGAGCAGAGUAGCACAGCCACAGGCACAUCACCAAUCAUGUUCGUGCAGGAGGAGAAGAUUUUCGCCGGAAAGGUGCUCAAAAUCCACAUCUGUACGAUGGAGGGUACGGAAUGGCUCGAGGAAGUACCGGAGGACAGCAGCAUCGAAAAACUUAAGGAGAAGUGCUUGAAACAUUGCGUCCAUGCAAGUCUGGAGGAUCCGAAAACCGUUACGCACCAUAAACUCAUCCAUGCUGCUUCGGAGAGGGUACUGAAUGACAGUAAAACUGUUGUGGAGGAAAAUAUCAAAGACAGAGAUGUCUUACUGUUAGUAAAGAAGAGGCCACCGCCGCCACCUCCCAAGAUGUCUGAUAUAUCUGCUGAAGAGAAGAAGAAGCAAGAUACCAAGGCUCCAGACAAAGAUGCCAUCCUGAAAGCAACUGCGGGUCUUACCACCCUCCACACAGACCGCACCGUUGCUUCUCAUAACAUCCGAGAUUUCCAGACAGAACUCCGGAAGAUUCUUGUCUCGCUCAUUGAGGUGGCACAGAAGCUUUUGGCCUUGAACCCAGAUGCAGUGGAGCUUUUCAAGAAGGCAAAUGCCAUGCUGGAUGAAGAUGAAGAGGACAGAGUGGACGAAACGGCUCUCCGGCAACUGACUGAGAUGGGUUUUCCAGAGAGCCGUGCCAUCAAGGCGCUGCGGCUAAACCACAUGUCUGUGACGCAGGCCAUGGAAUGGCUGAUCGAGCAUGUAGACGAACCUACAGCCGACAGCCCCCUGCCUGGCCAGGAUGCCCUUGGUGCAGCAGCAGCGGUUGCUCCUGCACCCUUAGCAAGAGCCCCUUCCCAGUCAAGUGUGGGGGACUCCAAACAGGAUGAGCUCACAGAAGUCUUCAAGAGGAUCCGCAGGAAACGGGAGUUCAGGCCUGAUGCACGGGCAGUUGUAGCAUUGAUGGAGAUGGGCUUCGAUGAGAAGGAGGUGGUUGAUGCCCUUCGUGUCAAUAACAACCAGCAGGAUGCGGCGUGUGACUGGCUGUUGGGAGACAGGAAGCCCUCACCAGAAGAUCUAGACAAGGGCAUUGAUACCAACAGUCCUCUGUUCCAAGCCAUCCUGGAGAAUCCUGUAGUGCAGUUGGGCCUGACAAACCCCAAGACAUUGCUAGCGUUUGAGGACAUGUUGGAGAACCCGCUGAACAGCACACAGUGGAUGAACGACCCAGAGACAGGACCUGUUAUGCUCCAGAUCUCCAGAAUCUUCCAGACCCUUAACCGCACGUAGGGCUCAUGGUGGCAGUGGAGAAGGAGAGAGGAUGGCAGGAUGGCCUUUGGCUUUUGGCUUGUGCUGUUAAUACUUGUUUGUACGUCUCUCUCUCUCAUGUGGCUGUUACUUGAAUCUCAUGAUGCCUUGAGCAGUUAGCAUUAGGAGGUGUGUGAAGCUAUGGAGACUGAAUUGCAGGAUAUAAUGGUAGUGUAAAAGCUGAAACAGAGAUCUAUUUAUAACAAGAGAAACCUUGCUUGGGAAAAGUAAACAAUUGUUUUUUUUUUUUUUUUCUCAAAGAAAAUUUGAGUAAUUUUUUCAUAUCUUAUUUAUUUCUCAUCUAAAUCAUAUGUUAAUUCAUGCAAAUGUUUGCAUAUUUAAGGGUAAUUACUACUAUCUUCUACAGUUUGGUGUUUCUUCCCAUUUCUUUUAAUUACCAGAGAUGUGUGUCUUGAGAAAAUGAUUAUUUUAACUUCACAUGCUGGAUUGGCAUUAUUAAUGAAACUGUAAGGCAAGGUGAGGUUCAUCAGUAUUGCUGCAGUCCAGUUAAAUUGGAGGCAAGGAGCACAGCUGACAACCUGCGAAAAUAAAGCGGUGCCAAAGUUCCCUCUGUUACCAUGGGCUAAAGUAUCUGACAACUUCUAUAGAAUAGGUUUAUAUGUCAGCGUCUCAAAACAAUAUGGUUGUAUUUUUUAACAUGCUUUCAUUACUAUGAAGAAAUAAAGAAUAUAAGAAAUACCUUGAUAAUUAAUACAUUUCCUGCUGAAUAUAAUGAAAAAUAGCAGCCUUAUCUGAGCCACUUAAAUAAAUAUAGUUUAUUCUGCUGAAAUAUAUUAGGUGUCCAAUUUUUAUAUAUAAGAUCUGUGAUAAUAGAUAUUUAAAUGGCAUAAGCAAACAAAAUCCAGAAAAACAGCCACAUUAAUAUCAAACGUGGUCUGUUUCUUUAUACCUCAUCUGUAAUGUAUUGCAGGUUUUUGUAGAUGUGAACUUUUAAGUAAAAGUAUGAUGAAUAGACAGUUCAUUAUAUUUGUCAAGGGGACUUAAAGAAUGCUGCUAAUCUCAGCCAGAGUAGGAACACUUUUUUGCAGUUCUUUUUCCUCAUUUUCCAUGAAAAGUAUAUCUGGUCUCAAAUUGUACCUUUUGUAUAGCCAGAUAUGUCAGUAACAGAUUUUUGCAGCCAACUGAUGAAUCACUUGCACUCAAAAAAAAAAAAAAAAAAAAAAACUCCAUAAGUCAAAAAUCACACUAGGAAAAAUAGUGAACUGUUUUAUACUUUCUCUAUAUUAAAGCUAUAUCAGCAAGUAAUUUGGAGUUGAUGUUGCAACAUUGCUUGCACUCACAUGGAUUAAUGGAUUGUUCAUCCACUUGUCUUGGUGUUUGAUGUUUUCAAAAAAAAAUUUGUAUUUUCUACACUAAAUGCAGCCCUGAAACUAUGUCCUAGAUCGCUGCCUCAAAAUAGUCACUCUAUCCUAUUUACCUACACAAAUAACAAAAAACAGCUUUUACUUUAUUGUUGCUGCCUUUGCGUUAUUGAAGUUCACUUAAUUCUGGAAAUGGGUCGUUUUAAUUAAGUUGUUGGUAGUUGGAUUUUUUUUUUUUUUUGGUAGUUCUGUUAGCCAAUAGCUGUUUUCAGAUCAGUAGUUCUUCAGCUAUAUGAGUUGACCUGACAAAA